AUGAUUCGGUUACUCCUAACUUUUGCCGGCUUGGUUGUGACCGUCUGGGGGUAUGGUGAAGAUCCCCGUGUAGGUCGCUCACGGGGUGCGCCGCUGCCCGGUACUUUGAGCUCAGUCGGCGGUGGCGCCGAGGAGUCACCACCAAUUUAUAGACCUGGAAGUCAAGCCUACGUAGUCUCUCAGUUCGUGAAACCGAAGCCCCCUCACCAGUACUGGGAGGAGGAGACCUCUCUUACAAUGAUUCCGGAGAACAAGAACUGUCUUCUAUGUGAGGCCCAGGACACGGGAGCCUGUCGUGCCAUGCCGUCCUGUGUUUUCUGCGAACCAACUGUUACCGCCUUAUGCGAGAGAAGCACGCCUUGUCUUAGGUGCACUGUGAUAAAGAAUCCCUUCUUCAAAUGUACUCCUGGUGAGAAGUAUAUGGAUGAGUGUGACUCCUGCCGAUGUACGGACGGCCACAACGGUUGGUGCACCAACCAAUUCUGCGAGUACCGAUCUCUUUAUCUGUACGCUAUGAAGCUGAGCGACGGCGAAUUCUAUUGA